CUUUUUUUUUUGCCAGUUUCCUUGCGUCACUUCCGCCCCUCCGCCCUGUUCUUUCUCAAGUCAACCCCGUGUCCCGUUUUGAGCCUCUUUUUCAGCCACAAGGCAAAGAUGGCGGACAUUCAGACAGAGAGGGCUUAUCAGAAGCAGCCAACAAUCUUCCAGAAUAAGAAGCGUGUGCUUCUUGGAGAGACUGGCAAAGAAAAACUCCCCCGUUACUAUAAGAACAUUGGCCUUGGAUUCAAGACCCCAAGAGAGGCCAUUGAUGGUACAUAUAUUGAUAAGAAAUGCCCCUUCACUGGCAAUGUGUCUAUCCGCGGCCGUAUUCUUUCAGGAGUGGUCACCAAGAUGAAGAUGCAGCGCACCAUUGUUAUCCGCAGAGAUUACCUGCACUACAUCCGCAAGUACAACCGUUUUGAGAAACGCCAUAAGAACAUGUCCGUGCAUCUUUCACCCUGCUUCAGAGAUGUCCAGGUUGGGGAUAUCGUUACAGUUGGAGAGUGUCGUCCUCUAAGCAAAACAGUCCGUUUCAAUGUACUGAAAGUAACGAAAGCUGCAGGAACCAAGAAACAAUUCCAAAAGUUUUAAAUCUGAAGCAAUGUUCUUUCAGGAAAAAUAAACCUUUGUAAAAACAA